GGGUGCUUGCGGAGCCUACGCCGACGGCGUAGCGUUUUGGCUGGCUGGCGGCGGAGUGGUGAGGGGAGGCGAGAGGCGGCGUGAGGCGAGCCGGGCCGGGGGCGCCGCCAUGGGCAGGCGGCCGCGGGGCAGCGGCAGCGGGGCCCGCCGCUGAGGGCCCGCCGAGCUGGGAGCCCGAGGAGCCGCGCUGGGAGGACCCUCUCCACAGGAUGUUCUCCCCACCAAAGACCUCCCUGUAACAGGCGACGAUGACAAUCCCGGCCGGACCUUGGGAAGCACUAACAUUUCAGUAGCCCAGCACCCUUGUGUGGCCGCCUCCCCCGUCUCCUCCACAGCCAGCCCUCCCACUGCUCCCCGGGAUGGUGUAUUAACCAGGAAGAGCCCUGCUUCUGUCCUCCUCACCCCUCAACUUUCGGCAGCUCUGGGAUUUGUAUGGCAGCAGCGUAACCGUGGAGAGGCCGGGGUAUCACAAACUUAUGGAUUUUGAUAAGAGAGGAGGGAAAGGGGAGCUGGAGGAAGGUAAAAGGAUGUCCAAGGCAGGCGGAGGAAGGAGCAGUCAUGGAAGCCGGAGUGCUGGAACCAACUCGGGAGUCUUAAUGGUGGGUCCCAACUUCCGGGUCGGCAAGAAGAUUGGAUGCGGCAAUUUUGGAGAGCUCCGUCUAGGAAAGAACCUCUACACGAACGAAUACGUAGCUAUCAAAUUGGAACCCAUAAAAUCCCGGGCCCCCCAGCUGCACCUGGAGUACCGGUUCUACAAACAGCUCGGCAAUGCAGAAGGAAUUCCUCAGGUUUACUACUUUGGCCCCUGUGGGAAGUACAAUGCCAUGGUGUUGGAGCUGCUAGGACCCAGCCUAGAAGAUCUCUUUGAUCUGUGUGAUCGGACCUUCACGCUCAAGACUGUCCUGAUGAUUGCAAUCCAGCUGAUCACACGGAUGGAGUAUGUCCACACCAAAAGCCUGAUCUACAGAGACGUCAAGCCAGAGAACUUCCUGGUGGGGCGGCCGGGCAGCAAGCGGCAGCACACCAUCCACAUCAUCGAUUUUGGCCUGGCCAAAGAGUAUAUUGACCCCGAGACCAAAAAACACAUCCCUUACCGAGAGCACAAGAGCUUGACAGGGACAGCACGCUACAUGAGCAUCAACACCCACCUUGGGAAAGAACAAAGCCGCAGGGAUGACCUGGAAGCAUUAGGGCACAUGUUUAUGUACUUCCUCCGUGGGAGCCUUCCUUGGCAAGGCCUCAAGGCUGACACGCUAAAGGAGAGGUAUCAGAAGAUCGGCGACACCAAAAGAGCCACUCCAGUGGAGGUGCUCUGUGAGAACUUCCCAGAGGAGAUGGCCACGUACCUGCGCUACGUGCGGCGGUUGGAUUUCUUCGAGAAGCCUGACUAUGACUACCUGCGGAAGCUCUUCACAGACCUGUUCGAGAGGAAUGGUUACGUGUUCGACUACGAAUACGACUGGGCAGGGAAACCACUGCCCACCCCCAUUGGCACGAUGCACAGCGAGGUGCAGGUGCAGCCCCCGAACAGAGACAAAGCACAGCCACACACCAAACACCAGCCGCCCGAGGGGACGGAGGUGUGGGAUCCUCAGGCCGGUGGGCAGCCUGCCGAGGAGCCUUUGGGAGCUCACCUGGCAGCCGGCAGGCUCGGGGGGUCCGUCCAGGUGAUGAGCUCCACCAACGGAGAGCUGAACACGGAUGACCCCACGGCAGGACAUUCGAACGCGCCCAUCACAGCCCCCACCGAGGUGGAGGUGACAGACGAUACAAAGUGCUGCUGUUUCUUCAAGAGAAGGAAGAGGAAAACCACCAAGCGGCGCAAGUGAGCGGCCGGGCCCGCGGUGGCUCCUCUCCCUCCGGCCGGGGCUGGAUCUUGUCCCGCAGAGCCGGUGGCGGCCCCUGGGUUUGGCCGGGGCCGGAGGGGGGGGUCCGAGCCGGCCGGGCUCCCCCAGCGCCCCAGGCGGGGAGCGGGGCCUCCCCGCUCUGCCCUGGCCGGGGGCGGCCCCGGCGCAGCCGCUGCGUUUCCUGCGCCCGGCAAAAAGGAAAGAAAAAAAGAAGAAAAAAAAGA